UCAGGCGGGCCCCCGAUACGAUGCUCGUCGGCGGGAACCUGCCCGCGGCAGAUCGCAGAAACUAGAGCGACCGUGCGACGGCGUCGUCGGGUACCGUCUCGACCCUGCGCCUCCUUUCGCCUCCGACAUGAUGGCGGCCGCAGCGCAUCCCGGGCAGCCGGACCUGGGCGGACUGGUGGACGCGCUCUGCGCGUCCGGCCGCUCCGCCGAGGCGCACCACCGCGUCGCGCUCCUCCUCUCCUCCGCAUCCGCAUCCGCGUCGCGCCGCCUCGACGCGCCCACCGCCAACGGCCUCCUCGCCCGCCUCCUCCGCGCGCGCACGCCCCUCCUCACGCUCCGCCUCGUCCAGGCCGCCCCGUUCGCGCCCUCCCUCCCCAACUACAACCGCCUCCUCGCCCUGCUCUCCUCCGCCGCCGCGCCCUGGCUCCUCCUCCUCGCCCACCGCCUCCUCCUCCGCAUGCGCGUGCCUCCGAGCGCCGUCUCCUACGCCGCGCUGCUGGACGGCUACGCGUGCGCCGCGGACCCUCGCGCCGCCCAGAAGCUGCUCGACGAAAUGCCCCGCUGGGGGCUCGCCCCCAGCUCCCUCGCGCGCACUUUCCUCGUCAAGGCCUUCCUCCGCAGCCGCGACGUCGGCGCGGCCAUGGACCUCGUCGACAACCGGCUCUGGCCCAGCAUGGAGCGCUGCCACGACGAGGACCAGGGGCUCAAGAACGCGGCCUUUGCCAACCUUGUGCAGUGCCUGUGCGUCGAGGGGUUCUUCCACAUUGUCUUCCGCGUCGCCGAGGAGAUGCCGCAGCGGCGCUGCCUCGUCCCGGACGAGUUUGCCUAUGCCCAGAUGAUUGACUCUCUCUGCCGGGCUGGACAGCACCAUGGCGCCUCCAGAAUAGUGUACAUCAUGGGGAAGAGGGGCCUGUGCCCAAGCACCCUGUCCUACAACUGCAUUGUUCACGGGCUAUGCACCAGCCAGAAGCCCGGGGGACGCCUGAGGGCGUACCAGCUGGUGAUGGAAGGUGUGCGUUCCGGGUACCGACCGAGAGAGGUAACAUACAAGGUACUCGUCGAAGAGCUCUGCCGGGAGAAAGAGCUUGCCAAGGCAAAGGAUGUCCUGGAGCUGAUGCUGCAGCCCCAAUGUGGGCAUGACAAGCCUGACGAGGAGACCAGGACUAGGCUAUACAAUAUGUUCCUUGGGGCACUGCGUGCUGUGGACAACCCAAGCGAGCAGCUCAGUGUGCUCGUGUCCAUGUUGCAGGGGGACUGCAAACCGGAUGUGAUCACUAUGAACACUGUCGUUCAUGGCUUCUGCAAAGUUGGGCGUACCCAGGAGGCUAGAAAGAUUUUGGACGACAUGAUUAAUGGGCAAUUCUGUGCUCCUGAUGUUGUCACCUUCACCACACUCAUUUCGGGAUACCUGGAUGUAGGUGAGCAUGCAGAAGCCCUCCAUGUGCUGCACACUUUGAUGCCCAGGCGCCGGUGCGCCCCUAAUGUUGUCACUUACAAUUCUGUCCUCAAGGGAUUGUUCUGCCUUGGGCUAGUUGACAGAGCAAUGCAGGUCAUCGAUGAAAUGAAAUCAAGUAGCAUCACUGCCGACUCUGUAACUCACACUGUGGUGAUCAAAGGGUUGUGCAACGCGGGGCAGCUUGAGAAAGCAAAGGCAUUCUGGGACAAUGUAGUCUGGCCAUCAGGGAUACAUGAUGGUUAUGUGUACAGUGCAAUCUUGAGAGGCCUCUGCAAACUGGGGAAACUGGAGCAGGCAUGUGAUUUCCUAUAUGAGUUGGCAGACUGUGGGGUUUGUCCCAGUGUUGUCUGCUACAACAUACUCAUUGACACUGCCUGCAAGCAGGGAUUGAAGAAGUUGGCCUAUCAAUUGGUGAAGGAGAUGAGAAGGAAUGGGCUUUCACCGGACGCUGUGACUUGGAGGAUUCUUGAGAAAUUGCACCUUUAUGGCAAUGAAGAGCAAGAGGAGCACCAGGUCCCCACUUAUCAUAUCGAUCAAAGUUCUGCAGAUGACAGAGUAGAGCCUCUCGUCUCAACAAAAAAUGAGAUACCUUCGUUGUCAUCGUCAUCAUCGUCAGAACCUUUGGAUGAAGUAUACAAGAAUAACAACGAAGCUAAGGUUGAAGAAGCUGGAAGGUCACCAGAAAGGACUGAGAACCCAUCAGAUCUUACUGAGCCAGCAAAGGAGCAGAACUAUCUGAUAGACAGUUCAGUGGUUGGACCAACAAUGGACAAGGAUCAUACAAUCAGUGAUGAUGGCUUCAACAAGCAGGAUGAGCAACCUCUAAGAGAACCACUUUCUGGAGUAGCCAGAAGGGUUUUUGGCUUGCUCUAGAACAAGAACAAAGUGUUGCUGGUUAGAAGGGGCACAUAUUAGAACAUUGUGCAAUGAAGGCUAAAUUUUUAUUGUUAUUUUGGACUUGUCAAUGAAGGCCGAGUUAGUGACAGCAGCAAAGCUGGUUACCUGUCCACCUAUUGGAGAAUAAGGCUUGAGCUUGACUGACACGACUGAUUUUUAGCUGCACUUGACAUAAGCUUGUCGAUAAUAAAUCUGACAUGUUUUAUAAGUGCAUCUCUACUCAGUACUCACCCAACAACUGAAAUCCAUAAUUUUGCAGAAACCGAUGGAGAGUAAAGAACACUGCAUGUAGUGCCUUCAGAUUGCUCCAGUUUUGCAAUUGCUCGCCACUGUCAGGUCUUGUUGUAUUUGUGAUGCAUAUGAAGAUACUUGGGAGCAUGCUCUACUUUAUUCUACAAUGUCUAAGUGCACCUGGGCUCUUUUGGAUGAAGACCUCAUGGAGAUGCUUGCAAGCCUGUGAAUCAUUGAUUCAAGACAUUGGGGUUUCAAUAUAUGUAAGAGCAUGUCAAAAGGUGAGACGGCCAAGGUACUUAUCACUUCAUGGGCGGUAUUGUUGGCGCGUCGCAAGGUAUGAGAGUGUUUUGACAAGGACUGAUGCUACUGUCGGACUUGUUAACUGUAUGCUGCUGGCCUGGAGUUCAUCUAUGAAGAGCGGUUGUUGGAGUCCUCGGAGCGCCUCAUCUACGCCGGGAUCUCUGAAGAGACCUCCCCAGCGUCGGUCGUGCUCCUGAUGAUUGACCGUGGGCGUACCAUAGUCUACGCCAAGCCUGGCGACCAGCGGUGGGCUGUGAUUGAGCAUGACGAGAUCGGGAGACCCAAUCGCUACGCAUCAUAUCGGCUAUCGUCGGCAUCAACCCUGCAGGGGCGCUUCUACUUUGCGACUCUUGAGGGGAAUAUAAUGCAUGUGAGGCUCUGCCCUGAGCCUCAGUUGGUGCCCAUAGUCGUGAACCAGCCCAAAACCAGGGGAGAAGUGUCCUCCUACCUUGUCCCUCCCGACGACCACCGCUGCGGCGGCAUGCUCAUGGUGCGCUACUACCUCGACCUUGAUCACCUCAGCGCUGACGAGCGGAGAAUAAUGACGCGCAGGAGGAAGCGCAUGGAUGUGAUCAGGGUGGAGAACAGGCUGAAGGAGUGCUGGUGGAACCUGAUCCAGGUGUUCGAGGUGAAUGUGUCCGGAAAGAGGCUCGUCCCGGUGGAGGACAUUGGCCGCCACCACGCGGUGUUUGUCGGGGAGACGGCAUGCUUCUCCCUCUCUGCCAGGACGUUUCCGUGCGUGGCUGGGAACGCGGUGCACCUGGGGGCGACCGGUGCCCACUACCCUCCCGUCGGUGUGCGGUAUCUGGCGGACAAGAGUGCGGAUCCACCGUUUGAGUUCACCACUGACGGGCCAGCUUCUCCCGAUGAACCAAUGAAAUGGUACCACCGACAUAACAGACCAGAGCUGAAUCUUUUUCUUGACACUGGACCAGAGCUGAAUCUGGUGCCUCUUGCUCGCCCCUGUACACUGCAAGAGUACCUCGUCUGUUGCGCAGGCCUCCCUGGCGGCCUAAAGGACUAAUCAAAUCCUGAGCAAGUUAGGUAUGCCGUCUGUCCGUUAUUGGGUUGUGUGUUCUUGAGAAGUUUAAACAUCAAUCCUACCUAUAGCUCCUCGGUUCAUUUCUCCCUUGUGUUGCCCCAAAAAAUUAUGAGAGAUGGGCAAUAAAGUCUAGAAUUAUGCAAUAGCAGUUGUUACCUCUAAAGUUCAAGCUGAUGUAUUCUUCAAAUACUUGCCUCGGUUAAUUUCUCGUGUGUUACUCCAGGAAAUUCUGAAAGAUGAGAAUACAAUCCAGUGUAGGAUUAUUUA